AUCGGCGCAGAAGCAAGACGCGCGCGAACCGCUAUGUGGUGUGCGUGCAGAGGGCAUUUAUUAUUCAGCUGUUUGUGGAGCAGAGCAUCGCUGGCGCCAUUGCUUCCGUUCGGCGUUAAAUUCCCAGAGUGAUAGAAAAAGAGUUUGCAAAUUGUGUGCGUCGCCCACGUCGGUCAACUGCGAGACGAGCGGCUCGAUUAAGGUGGUGACAACAUUCGAAUUUGAGUCCAAAACGUGUGCCUAUUUUACUGUUAAGAAGUCGAGGUCGACAGGACAACGCGGAGGAUCCGACUCGACCGUAAUUAUCAUUUAAUUCAGGGUUCCAGCCAUGAAACGUGAAGCUGACGGCGACAUGAUGGGCUCCCCACAGAAACGGUCUCGUCGCGGAGACGAAGAAGUUCGUUUGCUCAUACCCAGCAAGGCCGCAGGUUCCAUUAUUGGCAAGGGCGGCCAGAACAUUACGAAGCUGAGGAGUCAGUACAAAGCCUCGAUUACUGUCCCUGACUGUCCGGGCCCAGAACGGAUGCUCACACUCUCCUCCGACGUGCCAACCAUCUGCAAGAUCAUCACCGAUGUCAUUCCAAAUUUGGAACAGAAUGGCGCCAAACAAGAGGACGAUUUGGAUCUCCGCAUGAUGAUACACCAAAGUCAGGCGGGCUGCGUUAUUGGCAAAGCUGGAGCUAAAAUCAAAGAACUACGAACGAGUACUGGUGCUCGCAUCAAAAUUUUCUCCAUCUGCGCGCCGCAGAGCACUGACAGGAUCAUUCAAAUCAAUGGGCAAGAUUUUCAGUGCAUCAAUGCUAUACAAGAAAUUAUCAAAUUGACGAAAACUACACCGAUAAAAGGAAUCGUUAAUCAGUAUAAUCCACACAAUUACGAUGAGUUUUAUGCCGAUGAAUAUGGUGGUUUUGGUUGCGGUGGGGGCGGAAACGGCAGUGGAGUUCAAGGCGAUAUGCGCCGCGGAGCUGGAGGCGGUCCGUCACGUGGUGGACGUGGUGGCGGUCCUCGGAAUGGGGAUCGCUUUAACAACCGUCCUCCUCCGCCUCGUGGUGGACCUCCACCAAUGGGGAAUAACUUCAAUGAUCGCGGACCAAUGGGACCAGGUCCUGGACCCAUGCACAACCGUGGUAGUUUUGGUGGUCCACCGCCACCACCACGUGGAAUGAACGGUGGGGGUGGUGGUAUGAAUGGAGGACCACCACCUUUUGAGCGUAAUAACGGUUGGAGUAACGGACCACCGCCGCCACCAAUAAAUGGUGCCGGAAAUGGUAACAUGAUGAAUCAGAUGCCACCGAAUAUGAUGCAAGGGGGUGGAAUGGGCAACAAUAAUCAACAACAAUCCAUGGGAGGCAAUGGUGGCGGACCCGGUGGUAUGCCACAAGGAGGCAAUAACGGAAGCAAUGGCGGUAGUAAGACAUCGACACAGGUCACGAUACCGAAAGAUCUCGCUGGGGCCAUAAUCGGCAAAGGUGGAAGUCGCAUUAGGAAAAUCAGGCAAGAUUCCGGCGCUGGCAUCACAAUCGAUGAACCACUACCGGGCUCCAACGACCGCAUUAUAACGAUAACGGGAAAUCCGAAUCAAAUUCAAAUGGCUCAGUAUCUGCUUCAGCAAAGUCUCUCCAUUGAGAGAAGUCCGCUAAAGCCCAGAGAGCACUUCCAUCAAUCUGGGAUCAACAAAUCUUUCAAGCAGUUCGAUAGUGUCCACAACAACACCGACCAACGAAAUGGUUACUAAACCAAACACCAAAAUGAUUAUCUAUCUGGAGCAGACGCAUCCAGCACAGCAACGAUGGAUAAUACUUAAAUAUCAACAAACCCCAAAACUAUUUUUUAAACAAAUGAAAAAGUUUGUAUAAUUUUAUAUUUUAAGGAGUAAUAAGCGCGUAGAUAACAGAACUUGACAUUCCACGGAAAAUAUUUCUAGAUGGGCAUUAGGUUUAACAGUUUUUUUUAUUUGAUUUUACAAAUCAAUUUUACACUCUACUAUUCAAAUUUUAUCGUAACAGAGGAACAAGAUCGAAAAUCAGACACCAAAAUAAAUAUUUUUGCGAGUAUUUUUGCAUUCGACAAUAAAUAUUUUUUUAAAUACUUUUACGAUAUUAGGAUGAUUGCCAAGUAUUCGUAGACGGGCUUGUCAGUGUUGAAAAUCAAAAUGUUCGGCCUCCAUCGGUUUGUUUUUGCUUGUCAAGUUUUUCUUUUUAAUUCUACAUUCACAUUUUUACAAUAAUUCGUUUUUAGUUUUACAUUUAAUUUUGAAAAAGACUGGUAAUUACUUAGUUUUUGCUUAGAAUUAUUUACUAAUUAUUAAAAGACAUGGGAAAGUCGGUCUGAUCAGUUGUGCUUUCAAAUAUGUAAUACAACUUCAUAAAUCAUCCUAUAUCUAAAUAAUGCUAUACAUAAAUGUGACAGAUCAGAAUUUGGUUUUGGUUUGUAAGUCCUGGAUUGGACAUUGCAUAAGUUUUAAGUGUCGAUUUUCUUUACAUUUCAUAUCACAUCAAAUACGAAUGACUGAAAUGAGUUUUUUUAGUUCCAUAACAUGUAAUAGCGCAUAAAUACUUUGUUGCAGAUGAUUAGGGCAUAAUUUGUGACAUGUUAGGUUGAUUGUACAGUACUAAUAAAAUGACAGAAAAUUUACAGAGCGGUCGCGAUGCUCUUACCAAUCAGGGAACAAAUUGUUUAGUACAAAAAGAGAAAACCUUUAUUCGUUACUUAUAUAAGAUGAAAGAAAAAUUAAAUUAGGUCGAAAUCUGUCUGUUCCAUGAGACAAAAACAACUUGUAAUGGGAAACGACUUGCGUGCAAAGAACUUAUACAUAAAAGAAAACAAAUGUCAACCAAAUAUUUUUCUAGUUUAGUUUUAGUUUAUACACAUAUGAUCUAAUAAUAAUGGAAACGUUUUAGAAUAGCGCGUAUACCAUAAAAUAUGUAUACAUAUAACACAUAACAAAACAAACAACAAAUACAUACAUAUUCUAAUCAA